CCGCCGUCCAGGCCCCUUUAAGGCUGAGUCCCGCCCCCUUGCUCCCGCCCCCUCCCCUCCCCCAGCCCACCCCGGGUGCCUCGGCUGGUCGGACGGUGCGGCCCGCGGCGGCGAGCAUUGGAGCCUAGGGGGCGCGGGGUCGGGGCCCGGAGCUGGUCGUCACCAUGGCGAUGCGGGAGCUGGUGGAGAGCGAAUGUGGGGGUGCCAACCCACUCAUGAAGCUGGCCACCCACUUCACCCAGGACAAGGCCCUUCGGCAGGAGGGACUGAGGCCUGGCCCCUGGCCUCCAGGAGCCCCAGCUGCGGAGACCGUCUCCAAGCCUUUGGGAGCAGGGACUGAAGAUGAGUUGGUGGCAGAAUUCCUGCAGGACCAGAAUGCAACUCUUGUAUCCCGAGCCCCUCAGACCUUCAAGAUGGACGACCUCCUCGCUGAGAUGCAGGAGAUUGAACAGUCGAACUUACGCCAGGCUCCUCAAAGAGCCCCUGGUGUGGCCGACUUGGCCCUGUCUGAGAACUGGGCCCAGGAGUUUCUUGCAGCUGGAGAUGCUGUGGAUGUAGCUCAGGAUUAUAACGAGACUGACUGGUCCCAAGAAUUCAUCGCUGAAGUUACAGACCCACUGUCUGUGUCCCCUGCCCGCUGGGCUGAGGAGUAUCUGGAGCAGUCUGAGGAGAAGCUGUGGCUGGGAGAACCGGAAGGAACCUCUACCGCCGAUCGAUGGUACGAUGAGUAUCGUCCUGAGGAGGACCUACAGCACACAGCCAGUGACUUUGUAUCCAAGGUGGACGACCCCAAAUUGGCUAACUCUGAGUUCCUGAAAUUCGUGCGGCAGAUUGGCGAGGGGCAGGUGUCCCUGGAGUCCGCUGCAGGGUCGGGCCGAGCUCAGGCAGAACAGUGGGCAGCAGAGUUUAUACAGCAGCAGGGUACGUCAGAGGCCUGGGUUGAUCAGUUCACAAGACCAGGAAACAAAAUGGCUGCCCUUCAGGUGGAAUUUGAACGAGCCAAGUCAGCUAUAGAGUCCGAUGUCGAUUUCUGGGACAAGUUGCAGGCAGAGUUGGAGGAGAUGGCGAAACGGGAUGCUGAGGCGCACCCCUGGCUUUCCGACUAUGAUGACCUCACAUCCUCAUCCUAUGACAAGGGUUACCAGUUUGAGGAGGAGAAUCCCUUGCGUGACCACCCUCAGCCUUUUGAAGAGGGGCUGCGUCGACUUGAGGAGGGAGACCUGCCCAAUGCGGUAUUGCUUUUUGAGGCUGCUGUGCAGCAGGACCCUAAGCACAUGGAGGCUUGGCAGUACCUGGGCACCACCCAGGCUGAGAACGAGCAAGAGCUCUUGGCUAUCAGUGCCCUGCGGAGGUGUCUGGAGCUAAAGCCAGAAAACCGGACAGCGCUGAUGGCGCUGGCUGUCAGCUUCACCAAUGAGUCCCUGCAGCGACAGGCCUGUGAGACGCUGCGGGACUGGCUGCGCUACUCACCGGCCUACGCCCAUCUGGUGGCUUCUGGUGAAGAAGGGGCUACUGGGGCAGGACUGGGUCCCAGCAAGCGCGUCUUGGGAUCUCUCUUGUCUGACUCCCUGUUUCUUGAAGUAAAAGAACUCUUCCUGGCAGCUGUGCGUCUGGACCCUACAUCCAUUGACCCUGAUGUGCAGUGUGGCCUGGGAGUCCUCUUUAACCUGAGUGGGGAGUACGACAAGGCUGUGGACUGCUUCACGGCCGCCCUCAGUGUUCGUCCCAAUGACUAUUUGCUGUGGAACAAGCUUGGGGCCACCCUGGCCAAUGGGAACCAGAGUGAAGAAGCGGUGGCUGCAUACCGCAGAGCCCUUGAACUACAGCCCGGGUACAUCCGGUCCCGCUAUAAUCUAGGCAUCAGCUGCAUCAACCUUGGGGCUCACCGUGAGGCUGUGGAACACUUUCUGGAGGCCUUGAACAUGCAGAGGAAGAGCCGGGGCCCUCGGGGCGAGGGGGGCGCCAUGUCUGAGAACAUCUGGAGUACCCUGCGGUUGGCGUUAUCCAUGUUAGGCCAGAGUGAUGCCUAUGGGGCGGCCGAUGCUCGGGAUCUGCCUGCCCUCCUAGCUAUGUUUGGCCUGCCCCAGUGACAGUGGGAUGGGCUGCCCUGUGAGUGUCUGCUUGGAGGGGUCCGCGCUCUGGGUGUGACUCCCUCUCCUCAAAUGGGCCUACCACCGGGGCGGGCUGAUGACCACAAGCGGUACGACCUCUCAGGAGCUGCCUCAGAGUAGGGGUGCAUAGCUGUGUCUUAGGUCCUACUUAAUUGUAGGGAUGAGCUGUCUCUGACCCUUGGUAAUUCAAGGGCUGUGUAUCCAGCUACAGAUCUCUUUCUGUUCAUCAUGCCCUUUCUUGGUGCUGCUUUUUGGGUAGGACCCAAUGACAUAGGGGAAUUGUUGUCAUCAGCUGCCAUUUCUGAUAGGGCCUGCCACAGUUUUAAGUCUCUCCUAGCCCUACUCUUCCUGGGAAUUGGUAACAGUCCAGCUUCCUUGGGCAGUUGUGUAUAAGAGGUUCCCCUGAGCAUCUGUGUGAUGCUGGCUGGGAUGGAUGUUAGGAGUUGCCUGCUCACUGAAGUGGUGAUGCGGCUUCACAGAGCCGGACUUGGGACAAGUGCUCGCAGCUCCGUCACUCCUGGCCAUGAGCUUGGAUCUUCUGUGGGCGGACACUGAAGCAGCCAAUGCUCAUGUGGUUACCGUACUGUCCUCAGGGCCGGGGCUUGUCACUGCGGGUGGCAUGGUCUAUGAGGGAGGGAGGUUCAUUUGUGGAGUGAGCCCAGAGGUGGGACAGUAGUUGUGUGGUCAGUACUGCUGUCCUCUCUUCUUCUUGGGAGACUUGGAAGGAGGAACUAAACAAACCUUGUAGCAAACUGGUUCAGAAGUUGCAUUCUUGCCAAAUUCCCACAAAGGGAGGGUUCAGUGUUACCAUAAGCCUUCUUGAAGCAUUUAUAGGGGAUAUCAUUGAAACCCCUUCCCCUGUCACCUCCACAAGGUGAGGAGGAAGGGAUGCUGAGGGAGCAGCCGGAGACGUCUCCACUGUUUCUGUGUGGGGAGACACGCAGAGCCCCAUAAAUGACUGCUAAGCCUUUUACCUUGUCUUCAGUAGCUAAUGAUCAGAAUUUUUUUUUAAACUGCCAUGGUCCCAAAAUUCCAUCCUGAAAUUUAUUUUUCUUUGUAUGCAUAUGUGUAAAUGAUUUAAAAAAUAAAACUGUAAAAUAUUUGUAUGAAGAAUAAACUGGACUGAUGUGA